AUGGCUGCCUUCGUGAUCCCCGCAUCCGUCUCGGCCGACUCCUUCGUGGCCGCCCCGUCCAGCCGACACCUCCGCGCCUCAGCGCCCACGGUGCAGGCAGCCUCCGCCCCGAGCACCGGGUCCGCUGGGUCCGCCUUGGCGGCCGUUGCGCUGGCGGGUGCCGUGGCCGUGGGCGCUGCAGGAGCGCGCCGGGCGCGCCGGGCCCAGCGGGUGGCAGUGCGCGCGGAGAACCCGCGGGCGGACAAGCUGAGAACCAUGGAGAAGACGGUGCAGGUCUCGCCCUCCAUCCUCUCCGCGGACUUCGCCAACUUGGGCCAGGAGGUUGGCGAUGUGCUGAAGGCGGGUGCUGACUGGGUGCACGUGGAUGUCAUGGAUGGCCGCUUCGUCCCCAACAUCACCAUCGGCCCGGGCGUGGUCUCGGCGCUGAG